AUGAUUCAGCUGUUGUUCUUAGUUCUUUUUGCUGAGGGUGUUGUGGCAUUUCUUCUAUUGGUAAAGAUUGGGCCAUUGAGGGAGCUUGUGAUAAAGAGCCUGGAUCAGCUCAAAAUGGGUAAGGGUCCAGCUACUGUGAAAACCAUUGCUUGCACCAUGUCUGUGAUUCUCCUGUCAAGCUUUAUUAGCAUUGUUAAGAUCCAGAACAAAGGUGUAAAGCUCGGAACUAUGUCACCUAUGGAUCAGGUUCUGUGGAGAACCCACUUGCUUGAGGCUUCAUUAAUGGGUUUUACCCUGUUUCUUGGCUUCAUAAUCGAUCGGAUGCACCAUUAUUUAAGUAAACUUAUUGGACUGAGGAGUAACGUGGGAGCUUCAAAAGAAGAAGUCGACAGACUUCAGAAAGAGACGAUGCAGCUUAAAGAAAAGGAAGAUAAAUCUUCCCAAGAAAUCAAGCAGCUGCAAGAAAAAAUUUCGACUCUAUCAGAGGAUUUGAAGAAGCUGAAAUUGGAGUGCAAGGAGAAAGAUAAAAACAUUGAAACUGCUGAAGCCCAUGUUGCUGCCCUUCAGAAACAGGCUGCAGAUCUACUUCUUGAAUACGACCGUUUGUUAGAAGACAACCAGAAUCUUCAGACUCAGUCUCUAGGUUACAGGAGCUGA